AUGCCCAACCUGGCGCGCUCUCGGAAGUGCUUCCUCCCUGGGGCAGGGAAUCAGAGCACGCUGUAUUCCUCUAUGGAUCCUGCAGCCUUUGCGGCAUUGCUGCAAGGCCUGCUGUCCUCGGAGAACGAAGUCCGAUCCCAGGCGGAGCAAGCCUUCACAGAGCUGAAGAAGUACCCCGACACAUGCGUGCCGGGGCUUGUGCAAGGGCUGAGGUCGAAUCCUGACCCAGCAUCUCGCUCGCUGUGUGCCGUGCUGUUGCGCAAGGUGCUGGUCAGGGAUGAGCCUUCGUUGUGGACUGGCCUGUCGCCGGCCUCAAAGGUCUGCGAUCUUGUGAGCGAGCUGGCGGCUGGGGUGCUGGAGGAGUCGGGAUGGCCCGAGCUCCUCCCCUUCAUGUUCCAGUGCAUCCAGUCUGGCGAGGAUCGGCUGAUGGAGUCGGCGCUGAGCAUGUUUGCGCAGCUGGCCAGCCACAUCAUGAGCGUGCUACUGCAGUACCUGGGCACGCUGCACGGCAUCCUGGCUGCCGCGCUGGCCCAUGCCUCCACUGACGUGCGCCUGGCGGCCAUGAAGGCGACCUGCGCUUUCAUCCAGGAGCUGGAGAGCCCCGCGGAGCGCGAGAAGUUCCAGGCCCUGGUCCCCGCCCUGGUGCAGACCAUCGGCCACGCCAUACAGGCGGGGGACGAGCCCGCGGCCCAGGAGGCGCUGGAGCUGUUCAUCGAGCUGGCGGAGGAGAACCCGCGCUUCCUGCGCAAGCAGCUGGUGGACAUCGUGAGCGCCAUGCUGCAGGUGGCCGAGUCCGACUCGCUGGAGUCCGGCAUCCGCACGCUGGCGGUGGAGUUCCUCGUGACGCUGUGCGAGGCGCGCGAGAAGGCGCCGGGCAUGAUGCGCCGCCUGCCGCAGCUGCCGGAGCGCCUCUUCAACUGCCUCAUGCUCUUCCUCCUGGACGUGGAGGACGUGCCCGAGUGGCACACGGCAGAGGACGAGAAGGAGGAGAACGCGGGCGAGGGGGAGCUGUUCGAGUUUGGCCAGGAGUGUCUGGACCGCAUCAGCUUCGCGCUGGGCGGCAAGACCCUGGUGCCCGUGGCGGGGACCACGCUGACGGCUUACAUGGCCGACACGGGCAGCUGGGAGAAGCGCCACGCCGCGCUCAUCUGCCUGGCCCAGAUCGCGGAGGGCUGUGUCAAGGUCAUGGUGGACGAGGUGGAGAAGCUGGUGGCGCUGUGCCUGCUGGGCGCUCGGGACGGCACCCCCAAAGUGCGCUGGGCCGCGUGCCAGGCCCUGGGCCAGCUCUGCACCGACCUGGGACCCGACCUCCAGGAGGCGUCGCACGCCACGGUGGUCCCGGCCCUGCUGGGCCUGAUGGGCGACUUCCAGAACCCGCGCGUGCAGGCCCACGCCUGCAACGCCAUCGUCAACUUCACGGAGACCUGCGACCAGGACGUCAUCUCGCCCUACCUCGACGAGCUGGCCACGCGCCUCAUGGCCCUGCUCCAGGGCUCGGGGCGGAACGUGCAGGAGGCGGCGCUCACCGCGCUGGCCAGCCUGGCCGACUGCGCACAGGAGUACUUUAUCAAGUACUAUGACUCCUGCAUGCCCCUCCUUCUCCACAUCCUCACCCAUGCCAACGACCGCAGCCACCACCUCCUCCGCGCCAAGAGCCUGGAGUGCAUCUCUCUGGUGGGCAUGGCGGUGGGCCGCGAGCGCUUCCGCGCCCACGCCCACGAGGUCAUGAAGUACAUGCAGGACGCCCAGGCCGCGGGACUGGAGGCCGACGACCCCCUGGCCUCCUACAUGACCCAGGCGGGGGCUCGCAUCUGCAAGACCCUGGGCCAGGAGUUCAUCCCCUACCUCCAGGUCGUCAUGCCCGCCUUGAUUGCUUCGGUGGAGCUGAAACCGGACGUCACGGUGGCUGCCGGCGACGACUCCGACGUGGAGGACGAAGACGAGGACGUGAGUUGGGUGCUGAAGGGGCGCAGGGGCUUGGACGCUAUCGGACAGACGGAGACCUUCAUCCUGGGGGACCGCAAGAUCUCGCUGCGCACCUCGCUGCUGGAGGAGAAGGCGACGGCCUGCUCCAUGAUCUGCUGCUACGCCGACGAGCUGAAGGAGGGCUUCCUGCCCUAUGUGCAGCAGGUGACGGGCAUCAUGGUCCCCCUGCUCAAGUUUUACUUCAACGAGGAGGUGCGCACCGCGGCGGUCCAGUCCCUUCCCGAGCUGCUGCGCUGCGCCACCGCGGCCCGCGACGCGGGCAAGGGCGUUGACGACGCCUUUGUGCGGUCCAUGCUGGAGUUCAUCCACCACCUCCUCCGCGCCAAGAGCCUGGAGUGCAUCUCUCUGGUGGGCAUGGCGGUGGGCCGCGAGCGCUUCCGCGCCCACGCCCACGAGGUCAUGAAGUACAUGCAGGACGCCCAGGCCGCGGGACUGGAGGCCGACGACCCCCUGGCCUCCUACAUGACCCAGGCGGGGGCUCGCAUCUGCAAGACCCUGGGCCAGGAGUUCAUCCCCUACCUCCAGGUCGUCAUGCCCGCCUUGAUUGCUUCGGUGGAGCUGAAACCGGACGUCACGGUGGCUGCCGGCGACGACUCCGACGUGGAGGACGAAGACGAGGACACGGAGACCUUCAUCCUGGGGGACCGCAAGAUCUCGCUGCGCACCUCGCUGCUGGAGGAGAAGGCGACGGCCUGCUCCAUGAUCUGCUGCUACGCCGACGAGCUGAAGGAGGGCUUCCUGCCCUAUGUGCAGCAGGUGACGGGCAUCAUGGUCCCCCUGCUCAAGUUUUACUUCAACGAGGAGGUGCGCACCGCGGCGGUCCAGUCCCUUCCCGAGCUGCUGCGCUGCGCCACCGCGGCCCGCGACGCGGGCAAGGGCGUUGACGACGCCUUUGUGCGGUCCAUGCUGGAGUUCAUGUGGACCCCCCUCCUCGAUGCCAUGGCCAAGGAGCCGGAGCAGGAGCUGAUGGUGUGCAUGCUGGAGUCGCUGGACGACCUGCUGGAGAUCGCAGAGGGGCCAAAGCUUCUGGGCCCCGAGGUCCUGGGCGUGGUGUUUGAGCGCUUCGCGUCGGUGCUGGCGGGGUACGAAGCACGGCGCGGGGAGCGGCUGGCCCGCGCCUCCACCGAGGACUUUGAUGCGGAGGAGGCGGAGGCGCUGGAGGAGGAGCACGAGCGCGAGUCGGAGCUGCUGGACGGCCUGGCGGCGGCGCUGAGCACGGUGCUGCGCCUGUACGGCGACGCGGCGCUGCCCGGGGUGGAGGGCCUCAUGCCUGCCAUUGGCGCGCUGCUGGGCAAGGGCCGCUUCCCCGAGGAGCGGCGCAUCGCCAUCUGCAUGAUGGACGACGUGCUGGAGCACUCGCCGGCGGGCGCAGCGCGGCACGCGCCCUCCAUCAUGCCCCUGCUCCUCGCCGGCGCCGGCGACCGCGACGCCGACAUCCGGCAGUGCUCCGCCUACGGCCUGGGCGUGGCGGCCGCGCGCCGGCCCGAGGCCUUCCGCCCCGUGGCCCCCGCCGCGCUGGCCGCGCUGCGCGCCAUCGUGGCCGCGCCGGACGCGCGCGCCGACGGCAACGCCAGCGCGGCAGAGAACGCGCUGAGCGCGCUGGGCAAGGUGCUGGAGCACGCACCGGACCUUGCCGAGCCGGGGCUGGGCGGCGCCUGGCUCGCAGCGCUGCCCCUGGUGGAGGACCGCGCGGAGGCCAAGGAAGUGCACGCGCAGCUGCUGCGCUUCAUCGCCGCGGGCGACGCGCGCGUGCUGGGCGAGGGCAACGCCAACCUGCCCCAGGCCGCCAAGGUGCUGGUGCACGUGCUGGGCAAGGGCGAGAAGCUGCUGGCCGCAGACCAGAUCCCCAACGCCGCGGCGAUAGGAGCCGAGGCCUUCCAGGGGCUGGUGGCGGCGCAGAAACCCAAGGCACAGGCCACGCUGCAGGCGGCGCUAGCACAGUAA